ACUCAAAGAAGUUCACAAAGCUGUUUCUGCUGAAAGAGCAGGCUCCCCUUCCGCACCGCCCCAAGCUGGAAAGCCCACCUUGAGAAACCAUUUCCUGCACUGUCAUAAUCAAAAACUAAAUCUUGACACCCAGCCGAGGUGUCCUGUAAUUAGAGGUGGUACAAAUCACUCUCUGGUGCCAUUUUGCGUAGUUCUGAUUUUAAUACCUGAUUUUAAUAUCCUGCAGAAAAUAGCUCUGGGUCUCCAAAGUGAUUAUUUGCUCCAGAACAGUCACAUUUAAACUCUUGUCAUCAGACAGUCCCUGUUCUGACAACUCAAGAGCAGAAACAGGUAAAUAUAUAUAUAUGUAUAUAUAUUCAGUGCUGGCAGUUCUCCCAGUGCGUAUGCAUGACAAGCUGGGACACCCAGGAGCAGCGCAGAGCCGUCGGACCACGUUGACAUCGCAGUCAUAGUGAGGCACUGUCACACUUUGUCGCAGUGCCUGGGUGGACCCUCAGCCCCACAGGGCACCUGUGGAACCACUGCAGGUUUGUGAAGGUCGACUGCAGGCACGCUUUCGUCCUAUGCGGACCAGCUAAGAUGCCAAACACUGACAAAGACAAGAAGCUCCUCCAGAAGCUGGGCUUCACGCUGGGGGAGACCUUAGGAGAGGGUGCGUUCUCCACGGUGAGGGCGGCCACCUCCCCCAAGUACACGGUCCCCCUAGCUAUCAAGAUGGUGGACAAGCGAAGGGCCUCUCCAGAAUUUGUGGAGAAGUUUCUGCCCCGGGAGCUCUCCAUCCUGCGUGAGCUGGAUCAUCCCAACAUCGUGCUCAUCUUUGAGAUCUUUGAGCUGACCGACGGCAUGGUCUACAUCGUGAUGGAGUCGGCAGCCUUCGACCUGCAGCAGCGGCUGCAGCAGCUGGGCAAGCUGCCCUGCGUCCCCGACGCCCGGGACAUCUUUGUGCAGGUGGUGGGGGCCGUGCACUGCCUCCACGACCGCAACAUCGUGCAUCGUGACCUCAAGUGUGAGAACACACUGCUCAGUGCUGAUGGCCGCCAGGCCAAGAUUGCUGGCUUUAGCCUCAGCAAGGAAAUGAGCAGCUACCCAGAACUGAGCAGCACCUUCUGCGGAACAGAAGCCUACAUGGCCCCGGAGAUGUGGCUGCAUUACCCCCACGAUGCCAAGAAGUUGGACAUCUGGAGCCUGGGGGUGGUCCUUCUUGCCGUGGUGACUGGCAGCUUGCCCUUCCACGGCUGCCUCUGCAACACCAUCCAGCAUCAGAAGGAUGGGGUCCAGCACCUGAGGGGGGUGUCCGCGCUGCCGGAGCCCUGCCAGGCCCUCCUUGUCCAGCUGCUGCAGUUCUUACCAUCCUCCCGGCCCAGCGUGGCGCAGGUGGCCAGCAACAGCUGGCUGAAGGGGGAUAUCUAAGGGGAAUCCUCCCCAGAGAAUGUGCCAGGACAGCCAGCUUUUGGUGCAAUAAAUGCUGUUGAAGAAAAGCUCUUGAGCAGUUUGACUAGCAGGGCGUGGGUGGGAUUGAACUUCAAGUGCUGGCAAGACUUGGUCAAGAACUUGGUCAAACCCCUUCACAAAGCAGAUGAAUAAACCUGCCAUCGGUUAGGCUUCAGGCUCUGGUCGCUGUAUUGAGUGAGGGGUUAGAGCACACCACGGAGCUGCUCGCAUAGCAGUGGCUGUCUGAGCAAAUAAGGGGGCCAGGCCCAAGCUCUCCCACUGAUCCAGCUUUGGUAGCCACCGGCCUGUACUGAGCUUUAGAUCACACCGGAAUACUCAAAAACAAACAAACAAACAAAAACCCUCACAGCAGAAUGUUUACAAGCAAUCCAACAGCAUUACCGACCCAGAAGUUCUGGGGUGGCUUUCAGAUCCAUGCCUUAACUUCAACCACGUCUUGCAGGCAUGGAAUAAUGACAGCAUUCAAAGUCUCUGCCCAGAGGUACCGGAUGAGAAAGAAACAUCCUGGCCACAGAGGCAAUCAGCCUAGCAA